AAAACCUACGAUGCCAGGCAGAACCCCAACUGCAAGCCGCCCUACUCCUUCAGCUGCCUCAUAUUCAUGGCCAUCGAGGACUCUCCGACCAAGCGCCUGCCCGUGAAGGAUAUUCACAACUGGAUCUUGGAACAUUUCCCAUAUUUUGCAAACGCGCCUACUGGGUGGAAGAACUCAGUGAGACAUAAUUUGUCGUUGAAUAAGUGUUUUAAGAAAGUGGACAAGGAGCGGAGUCAGAGUAUUGGGAAAGGGUCGUUGUGGUGCAUAGGCCCAGAGUAUAGACAAAAUCUAAUUCAGGCUUUGAAAAAGACACCUUACCACCCACCCCCACAGGGGCUAAGCAGGCCCCCCAGCUCUCCUCAGGCAUAUCAAAGCACAUCAGGUCCACCUAUCUGGCCAGGCAGCACGUUCCUCAAGAGAAACGGAGCCCUUCUACAAGUUCCCCCAGGAGUGAUACAGAAUGGAGCGCAGGUUCUGAACCGAGGGCUGUUUCCAGGCGUCCGGCCACUGCCAAUCACUCCCAUUGGAAUGACAGCCGCCAUGAGGAACGGUGUCAGCGGCUGCAGGAUGCGGACUGAGAGCGAGCCAUCGUGGGGCUCCCCGGUGGUCAGCGGAGACCCCAAGGAAGAUCACAACUAUAGCAGUGCCAAGUCCUCCAACGCCCGGAGCACCUCGCCCGCCAGCGACUCCAUCUCCUCCUCCUCCUCCUCCUCCUCCUCCUCCUCCUCCUCCUCCUCCUCAGCCGACGACCACUACGAGUUCGCCACGAAGGGGAACCAGGAGGGCAGCGAGGGCAGCGAGGGGAGCUUCCAGAGCCACGAAAGCCACAGCGACACCGAGGAGGACGACCGGAAGCCCAGCCAGAAGGAGGUCAAGGAUGCCCUCGGGGACAGCGGGUACACAUCCCAGCACAAGAAGCGCCAGCACGUCACCAAGACCAGGAAGGUCCCCAGCGACACGCUGCCCCUCAGAAAGAGACGCACGGAAAAGCCGCCGGAGAGCGACGAUGAGGAAAUGAAGGAGGCGGCCGGGUCGCUCCUGCACCUGGCGGGGGUUAGGUCCUGUUUGAACAGCAUCACCAAUCAGACGGCAAAGGGGCAGAAGGAGCAAAAGGAAACCACAAAAAAAAUUGAAAACAAGUCACUGAUUUGUUUUAAACUUACGGCCAUUUGGUUUCAGCAUGUCAGGAGAUUUGAGAUUGAAGCCAUAGAACUCAUGUUGACACUCAGCCGUUUUACAAAAGCUUUUCAUUAUCUGAAGACAAAACCGAAAAAGCCAACAUUACCAUUGCUUCCUCCAGCUUGUCAGAGACGUGUGGCUAAAUCCCCAGGGAUGUCCACAGCGAUGCCGCGGGAUUCACACGCACGGCACGCAGAAGGCACGUGUGCAAAGCGACCAGCGUGCAGGCCCAACCCUCAGGUUUAA